AUAUGAGUAAUCAACUAGAUACCCCAGCAAGCAAACAGCUGCCUAACACAAACCCUUUGCAGUGUUUCUGUUGGUGAUCGACUGUGUGCUCGCUAUACAAUGUAAAAUCUGAUACAUUUAUAUAUAAAUAUAUUAAUAUAUAUAUAUAUAUACAUGUAUUCGAUUUUUUCUCUCUUAAUGAUGAUAAAUAAGGAACAUAUUUCAAAAGCAACCGUUGAGUAAAAUAGAUUUUUUACAACUCACGUUACUGAAGCAGCUACGUGGACAAAAGUAAAGAGUCGCCAAGAAAUUUAGAGCUGAAAUAUAUAUAUAUAUAUAUAUAUAUAUAUAUGGAUAUCUAAGAAAUUUAUUUGGUGGCCUAUAGACAUACAAAUAAAUCCACAUGGAGAGGCCGGAAAGACAGAUAAGCGGUUCUGGUUCUCUGAAGAAGGUACGAGCAGCUAUGAGAAGUUUGAGCGGUUCCGAAAUGUCCCGUAGUCGACAUACUUCGGUUGGAUCUUCCAAACUACAUGAAGGAGAUGAAGCUAACUCGGACGAUAGCGUUAACUUAAAACCGAAAAUGUCUUUAAUGAAUGGAGUUGGGAUUAUCGUUGGAUCGAUUAUUGGUUCAGGUAUUUUUGUGAGUCCAACUGGUGUUUUAAAGCAUUCCGGAAGUGUAGGAUUGGCUUUAAUUAUAUGGGUGAGUAUUUUAUUAGUGUUCAAUAUUGUAGUACACAAAAGAGAACUUUUUCAAAAUUCUGCAACAAUUAUGUACUAG